UUACGGCUUACAUUGAAUAAAAUAGUGAUUUGUUUGCGGCGUUUUUGUGCAAGCCUGAGAAAAGAGGCAAAAGGGCGUGUAGAAAAGAAAUAUUUAAUUUCUGUAUUAUCUUGAAAUGGACGUGAGUACCGAGCAAGCUCCUGCGGUUUCGGAAAUUCCUUCGAAUAAUGAACAGGAGCACAAUGAGGAGGGUAUGGAAGAAACAGAAGAUUACGGUUUCGAUGGAGAAGAUUAUAGGCAUUUUGUACCUCGGGGACGAGGUGGAUUUAGGGGUCAUGGCAGAGGUGGGUUUGAUUUCCCCAUGAGAGGUGGGCCUCCAAGGUUUAGAGGAAGAGGAUUUGGACCUAGAGGACCGAUGUUUCGUGGAGCUAACAAUGGAUAUCCAUUUGAGGGACCGCCAAGGCCAAAUUGUCCACCAGGGCCAGCUGGACCACGCUUCAGAGGACCUCCGCCAUUUGAUCCUAGCUGGGGACCUAUGGGGCCACCAAAUUUGAUGGGACCACCAAAUCUAAUGGGACCUCCAGGAAUGCCACCGCCACACAUGAUGAAUGGCCCAAUUGGGACAGGUCCGGGACCAUACGGACCACCUCCUGGAAUGGGACCACCAAAUAUGAAUAACAUUCCAGGUCAACAACAACCUCCACAGCAACAGGCGCAACAACAAGCAAACAUUCCAGGCUUAGAUCUCAAUGGAGAAGUAUGGGUGGAAACAAAAACACCGGAUGGCAAAUCAUAUUAUUAUAACAUUCGUACAAGAGAAACUACAUGGACAAAACCAGAAGGUCCAAAUGUGAAAGUCAUGGUACAAGAUCAGUUAGAACAAUUGGUACAUGGAGCAUCUAAACAAGCAGCCCCAUCCAAUAUCCCUACCUCCACAGCUCCUACUCCAACUCAAAUUAACGAGAAUAGAGUUCCUCAAAGUAGUGAACAACCCCCUCCAAAUAAUGCAGAUACUAUGAAUCAACUUAGUACUGCUCCUCCUGGUACAGGUCCACCUCCUACACUUGGCGAGACACCAGAUGUUACUCCACAGCCAUCCGACGCGGCUCAAGCGAAUGGUACAGCACCUGCAACUGUUGCUACCACUCCAGCUAUGAAUACACCAACAGUAAAUACAAAUAUGAUGCAACCUCCUCCUAAUAUGAUACCUAUGCAACAUAGAAUGCCAAAUCAAUUUGGUGGUCCAAUUGCAACACAGUUUGGAGCAACACCAUUUGGUAUGCCGCCACCAGGUUUUCAACCUUUUGGAGGUUAUGGCCCACCACAAGCAAAUUGGGGUAUGCCACAAAUGCCACACGGAGUAAUGACCCCACAAGCCCCAGCAGAGGACCCUGCCAUAUUAGCACAACUUGAUCAAGAAUUAGUAGCAUCUGCUAUGGUAUGGACAGAACAUCGUGCUCCAGAUGGCAGGUUAUAUUAUUAUAACAGUAAAGCUGGAGAAUCUGUUUGGGAGAAACCGCAGGCUUUGAAAGAUCUAGACAGAUGUCUAUUGCUAGGUGCAAAAUUAGCGUUACGGCAAAAGGCAGAAGAAGCAGCUAUCAGUAGUACGUCAAACACUACUGUGACUAAUACUACCGUUACUAACAACAAUGUUAUCGCUGAACCUGCGAAACAAGAAAAACAGCAAGAAAGCAAUCAUGAAACCAAAGAUAGCAUAAAGGAAACAGAGAAUAACAAACCGAAAAAAGAAGAAACAGCGCCUAAAGAAGCUGCUAAACCUCAGGAUAAAUCUAGACCAAUCUCUAGCACACCGGUGCCUGGAACCCCAUGGUGUGUUGUUUGGACUGGCGAUGGACGUGUAUUUUUCUAUAAUCCUUCCUCACGUAUUUCGGUCUGGGAAAGGCCAGAUGAUCUUAUUGGUCGUCAAGAUGUUGAUAAAAUGGUUUCUAAUCCGCCGGAUGCAGUGGCAACUCCUAAACCCGCACGUCAGUCAGAUACAAGCGAAAGCAGUGACGAUGAUCAACCGACACCGGCGAAAAAAAUGAAACAGGAAGAAACUAAGACUGUCAUGCCGAAAGAAGAAGAAGAGAAAGAAAAUAAAAAAACUAUUGAUAUCGGUAAAGAAGCUGCAAUAGAAGCAGAAGUACGAGCCGCUCGAGAGAGAGCCAUUGUUCCCCUGGAAACACGGAUUAAAUCAUUUAGGGACAUGCUUGCAGAGAAAGAUGUGUCAGCGUUCAGUACUUGGGAGAAGGAACUUCAUAAAAUAGUGUUCGAUCCUCGUUAUCUACUUUUGACGUCAAAGGAGAGGAAACAAGUGUUCGAGAAAUAUGUGAAGGAGAGGGCUGAAGAAGAAAGGCGGGAAAAAAGAAAUAAAAUGAAGGAACGGAAGGAACAAUUUCAGAAAUUGUUAGAGGAAGCUGGUCUUCAUGGAAAGUCCUCAUUUAGUGAUUUUGCUCAAAAGCAUGGGCGCGAUGAACGAUUUAAGAAUGUAGAAAAGAUGCGUGAACGGGAGAGCCUUUUCAACGAAUAUCUACUGGAAGUGCGAAAAAAGGAAAAAGAGGAAAAAACAGCAAAACGAGAACAGGUGAAAAAGGAAUUCAUAGUGAUGCUACGUGAGCACAAAGACAUCGACAGACAUUCGCAUUGGAGCGAUUGUAAGAAAAAAUUGGAAUCAGAUUGGAGGUACAGAGUGGUAGAGUCGGCAAGCACGCGAGAAGAUUGGUUUAGGGAUUACGUUCGUAUGCUAAAGGAGGAGCGGAAAAAGGAAAAGGAAAAAGACAAAGACCACCGGCACAGGGACAAAGAUCAUCAUAAAUCAGAGAAGAAGGAUAGGGACAGAAAGGAUGUGGAUAAGUACAAGGAAAAAUCAUCAAAGGACCGAGUUGACAAGGACAGUUCAAAGGACAAAAAACAACGACGAAGCGAAGCACCAGCGGAAGAAAAUGGCAAAGAAAAGAAAGAAGCAGUAGUGGAAAAGGAAAGUGGAGAAAUCGAAGACAAUGAUGAAAAACCGACAAAGAAAGAAAAUGACAAGGAGGACGCAGAGGAGCAAUCCGAUUCAGAGGAAGACCGUGAGAAACAAAAACGUGAGCGUGAACGAAGAGCGGAAGCAAGUCUCCGCGAGAGAGAAAGAGAAGUUCAAAGAACACUCGCUACCCAUCUUCGCGAUAGAGAUAAAGAAAGGCAGCAUCAUCGUCACACAGAAGCAGUGCAGCAUUUCAGUGCUCUUCUCGCUGAUUUAGUAAGGAACGGUGACCUAGCAUGGCGAGAAGCAAAACGACAAUUGCGGAAGGAUCACAGAUGGGAACUAGCGGAGAGCUUAGAUCGCGAGGAAAAGGAGAGAUUAUUUAAUGAGCACAUAGAACAGCUUAGUCGCAAGAAACGUGAUAAAUUCAGAGAGCUUCUCGAUGAAGUAGGAGCUUCUACUGAACUUACUGCAUCCUGGAGAGAUAUCAAAAAAUCGUUAAAGGACGAUCCUAGAUAUCUUAAAUUCUCUUCAAGCGAUCGGAAAUGCGAGAAAGAAUUUAAAGAAUAUAUUAAGGAUAAACUUGUUGCGGCUAAAGCUGACUUUAGAGAACUCCUACAGGAAACAAAACUUAUUACGGACAAAACAUACAAAAAAGUACAAGAAAACAGUACACAUUUAGCGGAAAUUGAGGAAAUUUUAAGGAAGGAUCGAAGAUUCCUUGUAUUAGAAGCAGCAGCCGCUGAACGAACUCGUUUGUUAAUGGGAUAUUUGGAGGAAUUGGCUCGUAGAGGUCCGCCUCCACCGCCUACGGCCUCAGAGCCGUCAAGGAGACCAACUACAAAUUAAGGGGACCCACAUCAAAACAUGGUAUACAUAUGGUGUCCAAUAACAAAUCAGUGAUUGAAUUUAUAGCUGUAGUUGAAUUGAAGUACUUUACACACGAGAUGAUUAUCGCCUGUAAUUAUAGGACUCAAUAAAAUAACGCCAAUUCCACACAGCUAAAAAUGUGUGUCAUACUGUAAAGAUGCCAUAGUGUAAGCAUAUAUCAUUAUUUGUUAGAUUACUUUAAAUAGUUAGUAGUUACAAAAGAGUUAUUGACAUUAUAUAAUGCUAUCAUAGAGUGCGAAUUUUAUACAUAUUUUAUCCAGGUUUGUUAAAUAAGCAUCCCAAUUACGAAUAUUUUGUAUGAAAAUUACACGGGAAUUGUGACGACGAGUGUUUCUUGUACUUUCAAAUAGUUUAGAAGCAUGUGCAAUGAAUUUCUGUAAACUGA